AUGCUGCGUUACGAUAGUAACCGCAGCGGUGACGCCACCAAUUCUCUGAUUUCCCUCCAAUUUUACAGUCCUGGCGUGUUUGUUUACGGCAAUGGUGAUCUGGAUAUUGAUGAUCCGAGCCGUGAUUACGAGGGAGUCGUAAAUUCAAACGGGAGCAGUGAUGAUGAACCAAGUGAUUCAAACGAACCUAGAUCUGGAACGUCUUCUAAUUCACAACUUCCAGCAACUGGUAUUCCAGUAGCAAAUAAUAUACGAGUAAAUUCAACCACGAGACUAUACCGCAUCUUGAAUGAUGAUUCUGAUGGUCGUGUGAUUCUAAGUAUUUAUGAAAAGAAAAGGAAGUUGAUACCCAAAGCUAGAAAUAGACUGACAAGAUUCGUAAUUAAGUUUGAACGUGACAAAGCAAUUGAAAACUUGGAGCCAAGGGGACAGUUACUUAAUUUCAUGAUAUCAUCUACAAGAUUUAUUUUUUGGUCAAAUGAAAUUGCAAAAACGUUUCCUGGUGAACGUGCGGCGACUUACUAUACUCCAUAUGAGUCAGCGGAUGAUUACGAGAUAAAUGCCAGUGGUAAACUUUGGCAUCACUACAAUUAUAUUAAAAGCAAACUUAAAGAAAGCGGUCUUUUGGUAAAUCUCCGAGCUCCAGUUGAUCCCCUUCCAUUAGAUGUGAACAUUGUUGAGCAGCUAAAUACUUUACGCACUAAAGUUGAACCAUGGUGUACGGUGUUAGAAUUGUGGCAAAGAACAUUUGAAGCCCGAAGAAACUUUUUGAUUAAAGAAAGACCAACGGUGGUAGAAUAUUUAAAUGCAUAUGCAUGUUUGCGUAUACAGAAAGCUAUUGAUUUAUUUGAAGCAGAUUUUGUGCAAUUGUUUCCAGAAAAGUCGGCUUCUUUCAGAAAGAAUUGGAAAGAAAGUCGAGAUUUUCUCAUUACUAAACUGCGGAACAUAAAAAUCUCAAAUAUAAACGAUAACGGAUUGCUUCACAUUGUCACAACAUUAAGUUCAGAUGUUCAGGAUACAGUAAUUUUCUAUUUAUUGCCUUAUCUGAUUGCUGGUGGGCUAACAAGUCGAAAAAGAAAGCGAAAAUCGACUACAAAUGAAAACAGUGAUGCCACAGUUAAUUCUAAUAAUGUUGUUAACCCUACUGCUGAAGUAGAAGCUCAGCAAGAAUCUGGUAGCAAGAAACGAAAACCUCGGGUAGCUUUUCAAGAGCGUCGUGAUACUUUUAUAUUGCAACUUGAGAAUGUUCUUGAUCUUGAAGAGAUCGUGAAUGCAACAAAUCAACGUCGCGGCUCAUCAUCACUUCAACACAAUUGA